CAAAUAUCUUUAUCAGAUAAAUUUUCAUUGGUUGUCAGCAGAGAAGAUGGCUUGCGUAUUUUUUCGUAAUCAGAUUCUUUUUUCCUUAUAAAAAAAUCUUUUUCAUAAUAUUUUUUCUUUCCCUUUUAUUUUCUUUCUUUCUUUUUCUAUAAUAAAAACAACUUUUCCCCACUCUGGAAUAAAAUGACGGAAGAAUACGACUAUGAGUCCCUUGGACAAAAUGCCACCCUUGCUCAAGACGCUUUAGCUGGUGCUUUUGCUGGCAUUGCUGAACACUGUGCCAUGUAUCCAGUUGAUAGCAUCAAGACUCGUAUGCAAGUCAUUCAAACUGUCCCUCGUCCACAGAUGCUUGCUGCUGCUACUGGCUCUGUUAUCAUGAGUACUCCAUCUUAUAAAGCUGCUUCACGUAACCUUUGGCGUGGUGUCAACUCGGUAGUGGUGGGUGCCGGCCCUGCACAUGCACUUCAUUUUGGUACCUAUGAAGCAUGUAAAGAUUUUUUUGGAGGCAAUGCAGAAGGACACCAUCCUCUGAUGACUGCUGCUGCUGGUGCUUGUGCUACACUUGUACACGAUGCCUUUAUGAACCCAUUUGAUGUGGUAAAACAGCGUAUGCAGCUUGGCGAUAGUGUUUUCAUGUCUGUCAGAGAAUGUGCUCGUCAUGUGUAUGCUAAAGAAGGCUUGAAAGCAUUUUACAUCUCAUUGCCUACGACCUUGACCAUGUCUAUCCCAUUUCAAUCAAUCCAAUUCUCUACCUAUGAAUAUUUCCGCAAGGUGUUGAAUCCCUCAGGCCAGUACGAUCCCAAGACACAUGCCAUUGCUGGCUGCUUAGCAGGUGCCAUCGCAUCCUCCAUAACAACACCAUUAGACGUCGUCAAGACACUACUUCAGACCCGUGGACAAAACAGCGACCCUCGUAUCCGAAAUGCCUCUGGACUUUUAGAUGCCGCACAAAUUAUUAAGGAAAGAUAUGGAAUUAGCGGAUUUUUCAGAGGAUUUAAACCAAGAGUAUUAACACAUAUGCCUAGCGCGGCCAUUAGCUGGAGUGUUUACGAAUACUUUAAAUGGUUCAUUAGUGCCAAAGACAACGCAAGUAUCCAAGAAAAAUACCUUACUUUAUAAUAUCCCCCUUCUUCUGUUUGCCGUACAGACUUGUAUCAUAGCUAUUUAUUCCUUUUAAUCUUUUUUAUCUUUCUUGUACAUAUAUAUAUUUUCGUUUGGGUUAUUUAAUUCACAUUGACUGUCAAUUAACAAAUAAAAAAGGAGAAUAAAAACACACUCUGCUUAUCUAGUGUAACUAUAGUUUCCAUCAAUGAUCGUUACACAGUUGCUAUAAAAAAUGACUAAUUUUUGGUGCCUCCAAGUAAAUUAGGUACGAUGCCACGUAAACUAAAUUG